AUGCCCUCAGCAAAGACAGCUUGUGUCGAAUGUAGAAAGGUGAAGAUCAAAUGUUCUCGUGUCAACGAUAACACCGACUGUGUUCGCUGCGCAGAGUACCAGCUCGGCUGCCGUAUCGUACCCCGCCAGCUCGGACGGCAGCGGGGAUCGAAGAACCGCCCGAAGGCGACGCAGGUUGAUGCCCGGGCGAGGUAUCAUUCACAGUCACAGUUCCGGAACUCCUUCUCACCGACCACUCAUCAUGGCCAAAAUGUCGCUCUCGCGCAGCCUGAACACGAGGCUCCAGAUGGAGCAAUCGGUGACUCGUCAGCCUCGUUCAACAUGUUAGGUGUACUUGCUCGAGUGGCCAAUGAUCAUGCACAACCUCAAGACCCAUCGCCACCUGGGGCAUUGGAAGAGGAGCCGUUUGACCGAGCGCAAUUCCUCGCCGAGUUUUGGCAGGAUGCCAAAACUCUCGAUCCUGACCCAUUCGGUGGGGUGGCUGUCUUGGAGCAAGGUAUUGAAGAGCUGCAUGGUCCUGUAUACAGGCCUUCACAUGGUGGUCCACCGCAGGACGAGGUCGUGCACGCACGUUUCGACCAACCGCGACUCGAUGUAGGGCCAGAGUACGACCUUGUGGCAAACGGCGUAGUGGGCGAGGGUGAGCUCCACAGCCUCCUCGAAGUCUACUGGGAGCGCAUCCAGCCUGUUGGUCGUCAUCUCGAUCCCACAAUCCACACAGUCGCCUUUCUGCGAGCUCAGUCUGCCACCCUUACCACAGUAGUGCUCCUUAUCGCAGCACAAUCCCUCCCCGUCUCCGACUUUGCCAACGGCUUGGUCCAGCGAAUCGAGGCGCACCUCGAACUCCUUUUAACACACACCGAUACCCAAGGGUUCCAGUCGGUGGAAAUCGCUCAAGCACUGUCACUGUUGUGUCUGUUCGUUGGCGGCAACUACCUCAAUAGGACUUGGGGGCUCACGGCCAAGGCAGUGGCGAUGGCUGUGGAGCUCCGACUGGACAUUUCGCCACCGCCAAACUGGACGCUCUCCCCUUCACCACACCACAAUGCCAGCCCUAUUGCAUUGUCCCGCAACGUUCAACGCCUGUGGAUGGUCCUGGUAGACUGGGACCGCGCGUGCGCGCUUAUCCGCGGGCGUACGCCCAUGAUCAAAGAUCCUCCAAAUGUAAACCAGCCACAGCUGCUCCAGUGGUGCAGGGAGCGCGAGGCUCUGAGAAGCGACGGCGUGACGGCCGGAUAUCCAUGCAUGCUCGAGGUCGCACUCCGUCUGCAGUCCAACACUGCCCGGCAGCUGGUGCGCCAGUCGACAAGCUUCGACUUUGCCGCACACUGCGCGGUGGUCAACCGCGACCUCACUGCAUGGCGCGACACCUGGUUCCCUCACUUCUCUCAAGAAGACCAGCAUCGCAUUGGGUUCGACAUGGAGGGCAUGCGUCUCAUAUUGCUCAUGAUGCCGUCACUGGGGCGGCGAUUGUUGGACGUGCGACUCCAUGCCAACUUUGCGAGCAACACUGUUGUCCUUGGGGGCCGCCUGUUGCAGGCCGCACAGCAACUGGCAGCGGUACGCCUUCCUGAUGGAGGUGACAGUGUUGGCAUCAGAGCGGCAGGUGACCGGAACACAACCCCCGGCAACACUGACUGGCUCCUCGACCUCGUAUGUGACGGACAACAGCUGGACGCCAACACGUUUGGAGGCGACUUUACGGAGUGGUCGCUUUUCUCUGGCAUGAGCACGGGGUUGUUUGGCAUGUUUGACCAGAGCAGUGUAGAUAGCAUGUCGUUUGUGCCCAAUCUGGGCGAAUAG